CUCGAGCGCAGAAAGUGAGGCACGCGCGCCGCUCGCGCAGCAGCCAGAACACGCUCUCAGUCUCUCUCUCUCUCUCUUUCUCUCUCUCUCCCCCUCUCUCUCUCUCUCUCUGCUGCAGGGAUGACACGAGCCGGCUUUUAAAUCCCUUUUUAAUUCUGAAAAAAAAAAAAAUUAGUUGGGAAAAGCUAUAGAAGUCAUGUUUAAUGUUCAUUUCUUUGUGAAAAUGGUCUCGGAGUGACGACGGGAUACGUUUGGAAAUAUUUGUGUUGGAUUUUCCGGCACAUAAGAGCAGAAGGAAACGAUGUGGACAUUCAGACGCCACGACGGAUGACAUCCGGAUGAAAAUGAACACAGAUUAUCAGAAGCGACUUCAUACACCUCAACCAGAGACCCAAAGUCGUCUAGCCAUCACAGUGUGCUCCACCCUCAUGUCAAGACCUUGUCUGCCUUCCCGAGGUCCUAAACCUCCAGUUGCUCCAAAGCCAAAACUCUCCACCCAGCAAGAAGGUGAACACAGCCAGUGCAUUGUUAGUAAUGGAGAUGUCACAUCAGAAUUGGAAUUAGCACAGGACAGUGAAUCAGAAUCCACACAGGAUGAAGCUGACCCACCAGGAGAGACCCACAAAGAGGAUCUUUCUGAACAGUUAAUAGAGAACCACAACGACCAUGAUGGCAUUGAUGAUAAAGAACCAGGGGAAGUGCUACAGAUGGGGGUAGAAGAAAGAGAUGAGAUAGAUGCAGAAGAUGAGGAAAGCCACUUUGAAGUAGUUGAUGCAGGUUCCUUGAAUGAGGUCAAAGAUGUUAUUGUAACUACUGUUUCAUCUGCUAUAGACCACAUCAAAGAAACAGAUGAUAUACACCCACAACCAGGCACAGGUGUUCCUGAUGAUACAGCAGAUGAUUCUGCUGAGAAAGAGACCGCCAUGGAGUAUCAAACAGGGGAUGAAUCAGAGGUCAACAAUGGCACACCGAGCCCUUAUGAAGAAAUUGAAGAAUCCACCUCAAAUCUGGGCAGUACGUAUGCAGAGAUAGAUAAUGCCGAGGAGCUGACGUCAGACACUGCUGAUGAUACAGAGGAGCCUUAUUUCAAUGAGAGAGAGUUCCUCUGUGGAACCCCAAUAGAUACUACAGCCACUAAGCUAUGUGAAGAGGGCACAAUUCCAAGUGCAGAGUGCAGCACUGAGGAUAUGUCAAAUGCAGUGGCUGGAUUUUCCUCGCAGGCAAUGAAUGGCAGUCAGCCCUCCCUGUGUGAGGAGUACCCAUAUGAUGUAAUUGGACCUCUGGAUGACACCAGUGCAUGGCAGCCAGAACGGGCCACCAAAGACGAAUCAGGACGUUUCAGAUUCUCAGAGGGAGUAGAGGAUGCGUUUGAGCCAUAUUCGGUCAUAGAGGUGGUGCCUGCUGAUCUUAUGAGCACCUCAGAUCCUGAACUGGAGUGUACAGAUGAGGAUUGUAGUGAGGGGAAAGCAAAGGACACUGAGACAAAGAUGGGAUCCACUCAAGAGCCUUUUUAUGUCUCAUCUGAUGAUGUAGCAGAAGUAGAAGAAGAACAGGCUCAGGUGGAGGACAAUGUGACUUCAUCUGAUGAACCCUUGGAGCAGGAGCUUAGAGAAACAUCAAACAGCGAUGCAGUGGAUGAGUAUGCCGACAUAGAAGAUUCUCGAUCCCAGGAUGGAGAUGAUCAGCAGCUGGAGUGUGUGUCCUCUGAGGAUUAUGUAGAGAUAGGCGACGAAGACGAACCUGUGGACAUGACACGUAAAACUAAAGGGAAGAGCACAAAGGAGCGCUCAGCCAUUCGCAGACAAAGUGGCGUGAGUAAGAGAAACAGCUGCCAACCACGUCUUAGACUUUGCGAUAUUACAGUGCCCCCAGGCCUAGACUUGGGCAGGACUCCUGAGUUAACAAACCGUUUAGUGUUUGCCCACACCACCGAGGCAUUUGAGGAGGACAUAGAAGACCUCGACUGCCACAUAGUGCCUUUUUUUGAGGACUCUGACUCAGAUAGUGAUGAGCACAUUUACGAGGAGGCAGGGUUUGACUCGGAAGGAGAGAACUUUAUCACUCUGGACAGAAAGACCAUUGUGACUCGUUCACGGUCACUCUCUGGGAAAGUACCCGGAUAUGUCCCUGAGACUGUUCCCGAGGAGACAGGCAAUGAGUCUCAGACUCAUGACUACUACACUGUGGCUUUGGACCAAAAUGGAGAUCUGUUAAAGGCUUCAGAUAAUUCAGAGUCCAAUCGGAUGAUUCCUUCACUAAACUCUAGACGUUUUCUGUUCUACCCCCGAUCGUAUUCUGCGGAGGGCCGAGACAUGAAUUUGUCUGCCCAUUUGGAAGGCAGUCAUUCACCCAGAGUGGAUGACAGAGUGAAACGGACAGAUGACACUCUCUCCCUACCUUGUGUCAUCACCUCUUCUGGGAGCUUCUCUCAAAGAAGCCACCAGUCAUCUAGUGGUGUGUCUACACCUACAUCUCUUGUUGACAUCCCACCACCCUUUGAGCUGGCUUAUAUCACCAAGAGACCUAUCACUAAAAGUUCUCCAUCUCUACUUAUUCAACAUGAGUCUAAUGACAAACCAAAAAAGAAGAAGACAUCAUUCAAGCGUUUCCUGGCUCUGAAGUUUAGGAAGAAAACCGACAGCAAAUCACACGUUGAUGGCAGCGUGCGUUCUUCCAGAUCAUCAUCUGAAUCUAGCCACCAUGGGCCUGUUCGAGUAAUAGAGCUGGAUCGGAGGAGUAAUGGCAGCUCCCCUCAGCUUCAGUCUCGCAUCAUGAAACCACAACGCAACUCAGACUUUCCCGCCACCUUUGUAGUUUACAAAGACAGGCAGAAGAAGAAAGGUGUACCCAAGACUUAUGGCAGCAGGGGCAUCUCCAGAGUGGAGUCUUUUGAGGACCGCUCUCGGCCUCCCUUCAUGCCACUCCCACUCACCAAACCUCGAUCCAUCUCCUUCCCAAGUGCUGAUACUUCUGACUAUGAAAACAUUCCAGCCAUGAGCUCAGACUAUGAGAAUAUUCAGAUUCCUUCAGGGAGGCCCACUCGGGCCGUCACCAUCACUGAGUUUUUUGACGACCAAAAUCGGACAGCAACUGCAAACGAGAAUGACGGUUAUGUUGACAUGAACAGCUUUGCAGGAAUUGAGAACAAAACUAACACACAAGAGCAAGAGACAGAGAGUGCAUACACAGAACCUUUCCCAGUGUGUCCUGCCCCUGCAUCGCUUGUCACAGAGGAAGACCACGGACGCACGUCUGAGGAGGAGGAAGGCUGCGCUGAUCAGAGCUAUGACAGACAGAUUGAUGGCAGAUCCAGAGCAUACUACGUAGCCAAAGAGCUGCUGGAUUCGGAGAGAGAACAUGUGAAGACACUGAAAAUACUUCAAGAGGAUUUCAGGUCAGCGGUGGACGAGGCAGUAGGGGAAGACGGCAAGCCCGUGGUGGAGGAGGGGAGGAUGGACGAGAUUCUCAGCACCCUGCCUCAGGCCUACCAGCUCCACACACACAUCCUUACACAACUGGACUCCCGCAUACAACAGUGGGAGGAGAGCCCGAAGAUGGUGGAUGUCUUUUUGGCGCACCGUGAGGAGUUUGGGAUUUUCGUGACCUACAUUGGCGGAUAUGACCGCAGCAUGGCUCUGCUGGAGGAGAGCUGCAGACGGAGCAAUGCCCUCGCUGAUGUCGUCAAACGCUUCGAGCAGCAGAAUUCAGAGGGAGUGCAGAUUCCUGUGAAACACCAGCUGCUGCAGAUCAUCGUGCGUGUACUCCAAUACCGCAUGCUUCUCACAGAUUACUUAAACAACCUCUCCCCUGACUCUAAAGAAUAUGAAGACACACAAGCUGCGUUGGUGAUUGUGUCAGAGGUUGCAGACCAGGCCAAUGACAACCUAAAUGAAGGGGAGAACUUGCUGCGUCUGGUCCACAUUGAGUACAGCGUGAAGGGGAAGAGAUGUUUGCUGCAGCCAGGAAGAGUGUUUGUGAAAGAGGGCACGCUUAUGAAGGUCUCCCAUAAGAGCCGACAGCCUCGACAUCUGUUCUUGAUGAAUGACAUGAUCCUGUACACCUACCCUCAGCAGGAUGGGAAAUACAGGAUGAAGAAUACUCUUCCUCUUAGUGGGAUGAAGGUUAGCAAACCGGUCAUCGAUAACGUCCUCAACACAAUAAGGAUAGAGGUCAAUGAUGUCACCAUCACCCUCUCAGCCAGCUCUGUAGGAGAGAGGGAGGACUGGUUCCACACUCUGAGCCGAGCUAUAGCCGACCACGCCGCAGGCCUCAAUACGUUCAGCUCCUCCAGCGAGGCGAGAGAGAAGCUCUGGAUGUCUCUGGGAGAAGCCGCACCUGUCCUGGUGCCCAUCUCUCACGCCAUGAUGUGCAUGAACUGCGCAUCAGAUUUCAGUCUCACUCUGCGCAGGCACCAGUGCAACGCGUGUGGCAAGGUGGUGUGUCGUUCCUGCUCCAGAAACAGAUACCCGUUGAAGUAUCUGAAGGAUCGAAUGGCUAAAGUGUGUGACCGCUGUUACACCGAGCUCAAGAAAAGAGGUGGGAAUGUUCCUGUUCCGUGUGGUAGUGCGAGUCCACACACACAGCGUUCCAGUAGACCUCUGUCCGCUGUAUUUCAGAGCCUGCAGCCUCCCAGCCUGUGGAAGAACAGAAAGAGCAGCACAUCACCCCUCGCUCAGGUGUCGGUGGGCGCUGAAGGCUCCACUAUGAGUGGGAGUUUGCAGAGGCGGAAGAAAAGCAAGCGGAAAUGGAAGAGGCUGUGGUUCCUGCUCAAAGACAAGGUGCUCUACACCUUCACAGCUCGAGAGGAUAAAGUAGCGAGUGAGAGUUUGCCUCUUCAGGGUUUCACAGUGAAGCUGUCUGAUCAAUCCGAGGGCGACGACACAGACGGCGUCUUUCAGCUCUACCACAAAAAAACGCUGUACUACACAUUCAGAGCGGAUGAUCAUCACACCGCACGAAGAUGGGUGAAUGCCAUGGAGGAAGCCACAGUAUUAUAGUAUUAACUGAAGCAGCGUGACUGUAAGCAGUGGGUUUUUAAACAAAGAUGAAGAGGAAAGCGUAUGUUAAACCACAACUCACUCCCACUUGAAGGAUUAUUUGCGCCUUUUUUUUCACUACAGACGUUUAAAAAGAGACGUUUCUGUAUACGAUCACUGGAAAUUCCACGAUGGAAGAAAAGACAGUGUUACUUGACUCACCUUUUUCAUGUUCUCGCUGAAGCAAAAGUGAAAAAUGCCAAAUGUAAAUAAGUGAUAUAAAAAAGAGGAAUCUUUUAGUACAUUUUACACACAUUGGAUUUAUCUGCUUCAAUUUUUAAAGUAAAAAAAUGACAGUAUAUAAGUUUAAAUAUCAUUUGAAUUUUGAUACACAAUGAUAUGGUUUGAUGUGUAUUGUGUGAAAUCUAUUUACAAUAGGCAGAUUUGAUAUAAGACUGUAUAUUAGCUGUACAUUUCAUCAUUAGAUGCUAGAAUUUAGGCUGUAAUAUAAUUUGAUUGACAGGGCAUGUAAAUUGUGCCAUAGUUUUCCAUCAUUGUUUUUUUUAAUUUACACAUCCAAUCUGAAUUUCUCUUGUGGCUUACAGGAAUUGUUAAAAAAAAUUCACAGAUUCUCGUACUCGAAAAAUCGUUGUGCAAAAAUUGCUUCUUUAGUUUUGCACUGGAGCGACGAUGUAGUAGAAUGUAGUUAAAUAAUAGAAAUCAGUCUGUCAAUUUAUAUUUUUGACAAAUAUAUGCCCAAAUCAACAUCAUUAAUCUAUGUGAUCUCAUUAUUUAAUAUUUUGUAUAGUCCAUAUUUACAAAUUUAACUAUAAAAUACUACUAUAUUACUAUCCGCAUAACAUUUUCGCUGUAUGUCCUCAUUCAGACUUUUGGGAGGCGGGGCUUAAGGGGGAGGACUGACACCAAAAUGUCCUCAUUAUAAUUUUUGAGAGGCGGGGCUUAGGAAGUAGACUGACACCAACUGUCAGUUAAUUUUAGUUAUCUAAGAUGACUGCCUUCAUAAUGACACAACAUUCAGCUACAACAGUUCAUUUUGUCUAUUUUUUGUGUAGAUUUUCUAGAUCAGCAAAUGACAUGACUGAUUUGAUGAAGAUAUUUACAGCCAGACCUCUGUUACUUCUCAGGUUGAUCUGAGGUGGAGCUCCAUUUCCGAACUAAAGAAGCGAACAUGACACACUAAACACGUCAUUUGGAAAACUGUUUUCAUUUUAUCUCGGUGAUUAUGACUGACAAUGAUGCUGAGUCUUUCCUGCUACAUGAUCUAUCAUUACUGUGUCAUAUUAAGGCCUGGUUUUAGUCUAGAAUUUUACUUUCAUUACAUUUCUAAAGUCUUUUUUUUUUUUUUGCAUACCACUGCGUCAGUGGUCAAUUUUACAAUGAUGUUAUCAUCUGUAUUCACGAUGCAUGAAAAAGCUUUGUUGAGAAUGCAUUCUGAUCUUGAUCUCUGCCCAAGCCUGUUGUUUUCUCUACAUAUUUGUAGACUUAGCUGAAUUCUGCAGUCAAUUUGAUAAAGUCUGAGCCUGCACCAGAAGUUCAGUUCUCUUUAAAUAGGCUGAUUAUAAAUAUCUUUAGGAUGUCCAUUCCUGCUGUUAUUUACAUGAGCACUGUGGUUAAGUACACGUAUGAAUGUUUUUCCACCUGUCACUCGCAGGUUUUGCAUUGUUUCUAUACACAGUAACCAGAUGUCAGGAGCCGCAUUGUGGGCCACAUUCAAAUCACUGACGCUAAUUUGUCCACAGGGGAUCACUCUCUAUGACAAAUGUCUCCACACCGGGGAGGUGAAAGGUGUAUGAUCGAAAUAAAAACAUGAUCUGUCUUUGUAUAGACCCCUGCAUGCUGAAUCAGAACAGCACAAUUUUAAAAAUAUGGGAUUCUACAGGGCUGAGACUGGAGAACACUGAGAACAUAUGUUUCUUAAAUAUCUGUUGUGCUGCACUGAUUUGUAAUUUUUUUUUUUUUUUGUAAGCUUACAAGAGACACAGUGAUGACACAGUAUUGAAUUUAUCCAGGUUUAUUCUGCUGUACAUAUUGAUGAUACACUGAGAAAACAGACGAAUGUGUUGCAAAUGAUACUGUAAGCUUCCUGUAGUUGCUUCACACCAACUGACACUUUUUACUGUACACUAUAAAGAAGUCUGUUCUGCUUUUUUCCCCUGACAUCUUGCAAUCUGUCUGCUUUCUUUGUUUCAAAGGCGACAUUUUUAUCCCAUAAAAAGAAAAAAAAAACACAAAGUGCCAGUACUGAACUUUCUAUCAGAUCUA